GCUGCACGUUCUCUCUCUGGUCGACCGUCAUGUUCAGGACACAGCUGGCAACGUCAAGGGCUCUUUCUCGCCGUCUCGCCUCGCGAGUGGCGCAGUCGUCGUAUCACUCAUGCACUCGCGGUCUGCUCAGGAAUCCGACGCGGACUGUGUCCUCGAGGCUUUUGCCGUCAGACGGUUUCAAUAUGGUCUGUCGUAGGGGAUAUGCAGAAGUUGGAGCAUCCAAGUACGCGCGCACAAAACCUCAUCUGAACAUUGGCACCAUCGGCCACGUCGAUCACGGCAAGACUACAUUGACAGCUGCUAUCACCAAGGUCCUCGCCGAACAAGGUGGUGCCAAAUUCACUGACUACGCUGAUAUCGACAAGGCUCCCGAGGAAAAGGCCCGUGGUAUCACGAUCAACUCGUCUCACGUCGAGUAUGAGAGUGAGACUCGUCAUUACGGCCACAUCGACUGUCCUGGCCACGCUGAUUACAUCAAGAACAUGAUCACGGGUGCCGCUCAGAUGGAUGGUGCUAUCAUCGUCGUUUCUGCCACCGACGGUCAGAUGCCUCAGACCCGAGAGCACUUACUGUUGGCUCGUCAAGUCGGCAUCAAGAAGCUGGUCGUCUUCAUCAACAAGGUGGACCAGAUUUCGGAUCCGGAGAUGCUGGAGCUCGUGGAUAUGGAGAUGCGUGACCUUCUGUCGACAUACAACUUCGACGGAGAGAACACUCCUAUCGUUAUGGGCUCUGCUCUUGCUGCGCUGGAGGGUCGCGAUCCUGAGACCGGUACUAAGAAGAUUGUGGAGUUGGUUCGGGCUUGCGAUGAAUGGCUCGAAAUCCCUCCCCGUGACCUUGAGAAGCCUUUCCUUCUUCCCGUUGAAGAUGUCUUCUCGAUUUCCGGUCGUGGUACGGUCGCGACGGGCCGUGUCGAACGUGGUAUUUGCCACAAGGGCGAUGAAGUUGAGGUUAUCGGCUUGGGCGAUCGCAUUAAGACAACCCUUACUGGCAUUGAGAUGUUCCACAAGGAGCUUGACCGAGGUGAGGCUGGUGACAACAUGGGAGCUCUGCUCCGUGGUGUCAAGCGUGAGCAAAUCCGCCGUGGACAAGUCGUCAUCGCUCCUGGUAGCGUGAAGGCCGUGAAGAAGUUCCAGGCCCAGAUAUACGUACUGACCAAGGACGAAGGUGGACGUUACACUCCCUUCAUGGACAACUACCGACCACAGCUCUUCCUGCGCACGGCGGACAUUACUUGCGGUCUUCACUGGCCUGAGGGCACUCCCGACGCCAAUGAGAAGAUGGUGAUGCCCGGUGACAAUGUCGAGAUGGUCUGCGAUCUCGUCCACGACGUCGCAGCGGAAAUCGGUACUCGCUUCACGCUCCGUGAGGGUGGCAAGACCGUCGGUACCGGCAUCAUCACCAACAUUCUGACCUACGCAUAGGAGGAGUUCAAGCUGCUGUAUUAUCCGCUAAUGUCCGUGCUUGUAUUUCCAUGC